CUUCCUCAAUCUGUUUCUCCCAUUUCGUGCUGCAGAUGGGAACUUCUUUCUGAGGCAAGCAGGUGGAUCAACUCGACUCUCAACAAUGAAAUGCAUCGAGUCAAUGCAACGGUGGAAAGUCCCGCUACCUCAAAGACUUCUUUCUAGUCAUGCACAGAAUAUGAUGCUUUGGGGACGACUUACUGGUGUAUACCUCCUUGCCCAUUUAAGACCUCGAGUGCCUCCAUGCUUGGGGCUAUCCACAAUACGCAAAUACACGAAUAUACAACAUCACUGACAGCCACAGGCUCCUAUUUGCACACCAAUGGAUGUUGAAAGCGCCUCCAAGCCACAAGUGCUGAACGGCUGGUUCACGAUUAUGCAUUCGGUUGUGGAUGCACAGUUGGAACCAGAGAAUGGAGCCUAUCAUCUCAACGCUCUCAUAAGUGUCCUUUGUCCAGAGUUCCAGUCAUUCUCACAGCAGUUCUGGAUUGUUUGCGAUGCAUGCCUUGGGAAUCCCGUGCGCUGGGCCUAUGGGGGCAUCGAGAGCGGAUUACAGCCAGAUAACGCUACGGACGCUUUGGUGCGCGUCUUCUGGGGCUACGUGAUCAAAAUCGCUAGGGACAUUUCUUACCAUGACAACGAAAGACAGGCUCGGUUGGUUGACCUCAUUCAUGCACUGGCUCACCUCGUAUCGGCGGGUGAUCACCUCGGAAAUUGUGGCAGUGAUGGCAUGGAGAACAUCGACCCGUUGAAGGGAUCCGUCCCCAUGGGUCCCUUUCUGAGUCUUGAAUUUGAUAGGGAGGAGUGGAUCAAUAGGACCUCAUUCAUGGCCAGAAUGAUGGGGCGACAACUCAGAUCGUGGAAAAUGUUUGCCAUCUGGGAACUGCGAUCGGCCCUCGAAUACCCUCAGUCCAUCCCGGACGGCGUGGACUUCCACGUUGGCGUAGUGCGUGAAUGGAUUCUUCAUGCGGGGGCGGAGCUGUAUCGCCAGAGAAAGGAAGGCGUUCUUACAGAGUGUGAACAGCGCUCUACCAGCCCUGGUCCUCUUUACUAUGGCAAGGCGGAUCUCUGUCUGGAGCGCUGGGCCUUCUGGAAAGAGCGUCUCCUCGACCUGGCCAAGGAUGCUUCACCGGAGUUGCAAAAGACUGCAGUGUCUGUGGUAGAGCACAUGAACGAUAUUGAGGACAAGGCUCAGGGUAACCUGAAGAAGCGUUCAGCUUCCGCAGCUUUCGAGUGA